AUGAGUUCCCGGUCCUCGUCCCCGACGCCGUCGGGCGAGUUCCAAAACGCCCGCUCGGCGUCGCAGCCGAGCUCCGACGACGACGGUGGCGACGAGUAUGACGAGCGCGACCACACCAGCACAGACCCUUCCUCAAUAUCAUCGGGUGACAGGAAGGACAAGGAGCAGCAGGAACCAAAGCCGCGGCAUGGACAGGAGGAGGAGGAGCAGCAGCAGCAGCAGCAGCAGCAGCAGUCGCAACAGCAGGAACAGCAGCCCAAAGAGAAUGCAGAGCAGAAGAAGACGACGAAAAACGACGACGACGACGAAUACCAAGAAAACCCGCCCAUCACCAUCCCCAAAAUCCAGCCCAUCACGCCCCCUCCGUCGUCCGCCUCGCACGAGCCGCCCGCCGUGCUCGCGCGCGGCCUCGAGGGCAAGUUCGUCGACGAGUUCGGCAACGUGCUGGGCUGGGACGGCACCGUCCUGGGCCGCGCCGAGGGCGACCUCCCGUCGCUCAUCGGGCGGCCCGUCGACUACGACGGCAGGAUACGUGACACCGACGGCCACGUCGCGGGCUACGUGUCGGAGAACUUCUCGCGCCCGCCCGUCAAGGAGCUCGGGUGCGGGCUCACGCUCGACGCCGACGGCAGCAUACACGAUGAGAGCGGCGCGGUCGUGGGCAGGAUCAAUCCCGGGGGCGCGUCUGCUGCGGGUGCUGGUGGGCAGAGGAGUGGCGGCGGCGGUGAAAAGGGUCGAGGCCAGGAACAACAGCAGCAGCAGAAGCCAUCCACAUCACAAUCACAACCACAGGGACAAUCGCAACCACCGCCCCAGGCGCACCCUACGCAUCACGAAACGCAGUUCAACAUCCCCUACCGCAGCGCCAGCGACCACCCGAGCCCCAUGCCCGCCGCGCCGAGCCCGUCGGAGAUAUACCUGGAUGUCAAGUCGACGCGCGACGGCAUCCAACUCAUUAUCAAGAUACCCACCAUCUUCAACAGAGACUCGCAGAGCCAGCCGCCCGGAUAG